CACGACGCAGCUCCGGCUUCGCCCGCGUUCCAACUUUCUUCCGCGGCUGUUUCCAUGAAGAGCGGCGAGCUGUAAGCCGAGGAAAUAAGGGAGACUACUUUUUGAACCAUUUUUUUCCCCCCCCGAGAGAAGAAUAUCGAGGAUGCCUCGUCCGGGGAGAAACACGUACAGCGACCAGAAGCCGCCUUACUCCUACAUCUCCCUCACCGCCAUGGCGAUCCAGGGCUGCCCGGAGAAGAUGCUGCCGCUCAGCGAAAUCUACAAGUUCAUCAUGGAUAGAUUCCCCUACUACAGAGAAAACACGCAGCGGUGGCAGAACUCCCUGCGACACAACCUGUCCUUCAACGACUGCUUCAUCAAAAUCCCCCGGCGCCCCGAUCAGCCAGGUAAGGGCAGCUUCUGGGCGCUGCACCCCAGCUGCGGGGACAUGUUCGAGAACGGAAGUUUCCUGCGACGCCGCAAACGGUUCAAAGUGUUGACCGCGUCCGACCACUUGGCCCCCAGCAAGCAGUCGGAUGCCGCCCAUUACCUCCAGCAGCAGGCCAAACUCCGGCUGAGCGCGCUGGCCGCCACUGGCACGCACCUUCCCCAGAUGUCGACGUACAACCUCGGGGUGUCGCAGACGUCCACCUUCAAGCACCCGUUCGCCAUCGAGAACAUCAUCGCCAGAGAGUACAAGGUCCCGGGCAGCCUGGCGUUCUCCACCAUGCAGUCCAUGUCCGCCGGGUACCCGCUGCACAACCAGCUGACGACGGCCUGGCCGCACAUGUACAACACCGGCGUGAUCGACACGGUGGGGCCCAUCUCCAUGGCGAGCGGCGACUACAGCGCGUACGGCGUGCCCAUCAAAUCCCUGUGCCACGGGGGACAGUCGUUACCGGCCAUCCCGGUGCCAAUCAAGCCGACCCCGACCUCAAUGUCCGGCUUCUCGGCGCUGCCGCCGCACAUCCCCGCGUUCCUCUCAAACUCUCCGCAGUCUCUGAGCCCGACGUCCCCACAGACCGCGACGAGCCAAAGCAGCCCGGCCACCCCGAGCGAGACCCUGACGGGCCCCUCCACACUGCAGUCUGUGGCUGUGCACUGACCCGGGGAACGUGGCCCCAGGGCCCCCUUCUGCCAAACCCAAAGUUUUCUGUCGCCGGAAACUAUCGAAAGGCGAGUUGCAGUUGCAUAUUGAUUUGUUCGUGUAUGUGUUGAAUGUGCGCUUUAAAAAAAAAAAGAUCGGUGUCACGUGGAGUCCAGCACAGAAUCGCACAGCGACAGUAUUGCUCUUGAAAAUAUAAAUUAUUUGAUAGUUCUAUUUUUCAGUUUAUUGUGACAUGUGAGUGUUGAAAGUGGAGCCUCCGGUGGGGAGUUUGUGUUCGGGCCCCGUCGACUCUGAUUUGAAACGCUUGCAGUUCCCGUGGCAUUUUUGUUUUUCUCUUUCAGUUUUUACCUAACAGCGAAACUUUUGCACCGAUUCUGUGUGAUCACUGUAAUGUCAAUGAAACUGCGAGGUUAAUGGCCUCCGUGCUUUUGUUUGCUUUUAAUACUGGAAUGAUGGAUACGGGAAUACCAAAUAGGAGUAGGAUAUAGAUUUGUUCUUCCAUCCCUGUAAAAAAAAAAAAAAAGUAAAGCAAACCGAGUCAUCAAGUCUUUUCAAACACGAAGAGUAGUAUUGUGAGACGUUCCUCAAAAUGCAAGAUGUGAAUAUUGCAAAUAACUGAUUCUGAAAUGUUGUAAAAUGCACUUUUUAGUUUUACGUUUUAGAUAUCUAUUUUCCAGAAAAUGUUCUGUGAAGCAUUUAAUUUAAAAGGCUGUGGUGACCAUGUGUAUCAGAUGCUGUAAAUUUGUACUUUUUUAGGUAAAGCAUGCGUUCUAAAAAAAGAAUUGUGUUGUAACUGAUGUUGUUAUCGCUGUUGUUUAUGUUUGAUUCUUUUUUUUUAAUUUUUUUUUGCAAGCAUGCGUGCUUUCGAAAAGUGUGCAAACAGUCUGCAAUGAAUUGGAAAAAAAAACAAAAACAAAAAACAAAACUGGUCAUCGAAAUAUUUUCUCAUUAAAAGUGAA